UCGGCAAGUGUUGAGGGGGGAGGAAGUGAAGGAGCGUGAUGCUACAACCUCCUUAUAAAGCCUCUCUCACGUCCUGCCGUGGAAAUUAGAAAUUUCAGCCUUACAAUUGAGGUCUCUUUCACUCGGUUACUCGCACGCACACUUUUGGACUCGAACACCACCGACGCCAUGACGUGGACAGACGCUGGGGACAUGCUCCGUAGGGCCGAGACGCCUCUCUUCUGGGUCGGCGCCUUCACGGUGGCCUCGCUGCUUCUGUGGCUCCUCUACCGGCUCUUGUCCGGCUUUAGGGUGUGGGUGCUGGGCAACGGGCAGCUGAUCUCCCCCCGGCUGGGCAAGUGGGCAGUCGUGACGGGAGCCACUGAUGGAAUCGGAAAAUCCUAUGCGGAGGAGCUUGCUCGUCGAGGGUUUGCCAUGGUGUUGAUCAGCCGCUCCCAACACAAACUGGAUGACGUGGCCAGGUCACUUGAGGACCGGUUUGGAGUGGAGACAAAGACCAUCGCGGCGGACUUUGGCAAAACCAACAUUUACCCGACCAUCGAGGCGGGACUGUCAGGCCUGGAGAUCGGUGUUCUUGUCAAUAAUGUUGGUGUGUCCUAUCGAUACCCUGAAUACUACCUCCGUAUUCCGGACCUCGACAAUUUCAUCACCAACAUGAUCAACGUCAACAUGACUUCAGUGUGCCAGAUGACCCGCCUGGUGCUGCCCGGAAUGGCUAACAGAUCCAAAGGUGUCAUCCUCAACAUCUCCUCGGCCAGUGGCAUGUACCCCGUCCCUCUGCUCACCAUCUACUCGUCCACAAAGGCUUUUGUGGACUUCUUUUCCCGUGGCCUCCAGGAAGAGUACAGGCGUCAGGGCAUCAUCAUCCAGAGCGUGUUGCCUUUCUUCGUGGCUACCAAGAUGACCCGCAUCAGAAAGCCCACCCUGGACAAGCCCACCCCGGAGCGUUACGUGGCCGCCGAGCUCAACACCGUGGGCCUGCAGAGUCAGACCAACGGAUACUUUCCACACGCCGUCAUGGGCUGGGUGACCACCAAGAUAGUUCCCAUCGGCAUCGUCAUCUUCUUGGGAGCACGCAUGAACCGCCUCCAGCGUACGGGAUACCUGCACAGGAGGAAAUUGCGCGAGCAGAAGAACGGAACCGGCUUGAAGACAGACUGAGACCAACAAUGUGACCCCAACGCAGUGUUUAACAAGUGUGUGUGUGUAAGUGCUCCCUUCUGGGGGUCCUGUCAGAGAACUCGGGUGUGUGAGUCUGUGUGUUACUGAAGAACCUCUACAAAAAAGACCUGCCAUGUUACUUGAGAGUAGAUGCAACUGCCUUAAAAUAGGGAAGAAAA